CUGGCGCCUCGAGCUGCCGAGCCUGGGGCUGGCUGUGGAGCGGGCGGAACCGGCUUCCUGCCUCCAGGGGGCGGCUGCCGCGGCCCGGUCCCGGCUUGGGCAGCUCGGCGCCGCGCCCGCGCCGCUCUUCUGUCAGUGGGAGUGGCGGGCCGGCCCGCGGGCCGCCGAAGUCGGCGGUCGCCAUUCCCGUGUCGCUGCGCCCGCGGGGGCCGCCCGAGCCGGCCACCAUGCCGCUGGGCCUGAAGCCCACCUGCAGCGUCUGCAAGACCACGUCGUCCUCCAUGUGGAAGAAGGGCCCGCAGGGGGAGAUCCUCUGCCACCACUGCACAGGCCGGGGCGGCGCAGGCGGCGGGGGCUCCUGCCCGGGGGCGGCCGGCGGCACAGGGGGCGGCGGCGGCGGCACAGGGGGUGGCUUCAGCGCCGCGACCUUCGCCAGCACCUCGGCCGCCCCUCCGCAGAGCAACGGGGGCGGGGGCGGCAAGCAGAGUAAGCAGGAAAUUCACAGGAGGUCCGCUCGGCUCAGAAACACUAAAUACAAAUCUGCUCCAGCUGCUGAAAAGAAAGUUUCCACUAAAGGGAAAGGGAGAAGACAUAUUUUUAAAUUAAAAAAUCCUAUCAAAGCUCCUGAGUCCGUUUCCACCAUAAUCACUGCAGAAUCAAUCUUCUACAAGGGAGUCUAUUACCAAAUUGGAGAUGUUGUUUCUGUAAUUGAUGAACAAGAUGGAAAACCUUACUAUGCUCAGAUCAGAGGUUUUAUCCAGGACCAGUACUGUGAGAAGAGUGCAGCGCUGACGUGGCUCAUUCCCACUCUCGCUAGCCCCAGGGACCAGUUCGACCCUGCGUCCUACAUCGUGGGAAGUGGGAAUCAUGAACCAUUAUUUCUCACUGAACAUGACAGACUGGCUUGAAGUAAUUACUCAAUUACAGACAGCAGCUCCAAUCAGCCUCAGCUUCUAGUGACAAUAUCGCUAUUUGGAAUUCCUCUCACUUCUGUGUUCCACCUGUUGUGGAAGGGAGCAAGUUUGACAAAAACACCUGUACCUUUAGUACUUCUCACCGUGGAUAGGAAAUGUGCAAGUUAAAAAGACCAUCACUUUAAAGAACGAAGGUGCUGUUGGGGAAAUAUACAGUUCGAAAAAACUCUCACUUCAGACGUCUUCUCCAAAAAGGUAGUAGAGAAAGAAAACACUAUUGACUGAGGGUUAAAUUAGAACGCGCUGCUCCAUCACAGGCAUUUGGCUAAGGUCGCAAAAACAAAGGUCGCACAAAGACCCUUUUGUGCGGCCAGGCAGGUACAGUCGCUGUACACGUGUUCUCAGAUAAACGGUAAGUGGUCAUCCGAGAACCACA